GUACAGAAUACUACAAAUUCGGAAGAAGUAAGUACUGAACAAUAGACAGUUGUUGGAUCUUCAAGCGUGCUGGAGACACUUGACGAGUCUGUGGAAAUUCAAACUGAAAAUGGUGGGACGCGCAGAGGUCGAGGACAUACGCUCCUAACAGAUUUAUAUAACUUAAAUUCUGUCGAGCGUGUCAAAGUAACUAGAAACAGCCAUGGUCAGCCUGUUGGACAAAAAGCUCGACUUUUAGCAGGCUAUUUGGGCAUUAUAGCACGAAAUGCCAAUAUGUUGCCCAUCAACUACGAAUCAUGGCAUAACAUGCCUGAUAGCAAUAAAAAUCAAGCUCUCUAUAAUAUUAAGGAUAGGUUUGCUUUAGAGGUCUCUGAUGCCUAUAUCAAGAAGGCAUUGGGUAAAAAAUGGAGAGACAAUAAAAGCAUUUUGAAAAAAGAAUAUUUUAAAAAACCCAUAAGCCUCGAAGAAAAAUUGCAAAAUGUCCCACCGGGAAUGCUAAGGUACCAAUGGGAAGAUGCGGUUCGAUUUUGGAAUUCGAAGAAAGGAGAGGACCGUGAGCGAGUUGGAACAAGCAGCAGGCAAAAACAAAAAUUUACGCACACGGCAGGGUCGAAAAGUUUUGCUUGUGUAGCUCAGGCCGAGGAAGCCUCGUCUGGUCAAAAAGUUGGACGCCUUCAACUUUUUGACAUUACGCACAGGAAAAAAGAUGGAACUCCGAUGUCAUCUGAGGCUGCAGAAAUUAUGGUAUAUUUAGAGGGUUGA